AUGCCUCACGUUAAAUUAUCAGCUCUUAAUCAAAAUUUAGAAUUAUAUUAUGAAGUUCAUGGUUCCGGGAACACUAAAAUUUUAUUUAUUAUGGGUUUAUUAACUGAUGGUGCUGCUUGGCAUUGUCAAAGUGAAUUUUUUCGUCAACAACCUGAAUAUCAAUGUGUCACUUAUGAUAAUCGUGGUGUUGCGCGUUCAUCAUCACCAUUUACAUUUCAAUAUACAACAACACAAAUGGCUAAAGAUGCUAUUGCACUUAUUGAUCAUUUAAAAUGGACAAAAUGUCAUGUUGUUGGUAUAUCAAUGGGUGGUAUGAUUGCACUUGAAUUUGCUUUAUUAGCACCUGAACGAGUAAUUUCAAUAACUUUAUUGGCAACACAUGCUGGUGGUCUAGCUGGUCGUGCACCAUUUGUUGGUAUUCGUCAUAUACUUCGAUCUUUAGUUAUACGUGAUGAACAUUUACUUGUUGAAAAUUCUCUUUCAAUGCUUUACGGUCCAAAAACACUCGAUGAUCCAGAAAAACGAAAAACUUUGUAUAAUUUUCAUAUUCAACGAGUUAAAACACGUAUUCGACCACAAGUAAUUGGUAUAUUAGGACAUGUAUUAGCUGUUCACCGACAUUAUGUUAGUUAUGCUGAUUUACUUAAAAUUCGUUAUUCACCAUUUGAUUGUUUAAUUAUGGUUGGAACAGAAGAUCGACUUGUACGAGAAGAAAAUUCAUAUAUUAUUCAAAGAACAAUCGGUUGUCGACUUGUUAAACUUGAACAUGCUGGACAUGGUUUACCCGGUGAAUGUGCAAAAGAAAUUAAUGAAACAUUACUUGAUUUAUUUGAAUCAAUUCGAACAAAUGAUUCAUCAAAACUUAAACGAGAAGUACCAGAAGAAUAUAAAACAGAAAUAAAAGCACUUGAACAAUGUUGUCAACAUCGUACUCAUUGUCUUAUUUAUGAUAUGCUUGGAUUGAUAAAUGGUAUAUUUCUCGGUUUGAUAUUAUACAUAUUAUUAACGAUUUUUGGUUUAACAAGAGGUCAAUUGGCUGGUAUGUUUUUUACUAUUGAAACUGUGAUAUUAAUUGGAUGUUUAAAUGGAGUUCGUCGAGCAAUUAAAUGUGUAUAUCAUGCAUUUCAUGCACGACACUUUGUUCAAAAACAUCAAUUAUUACUCGAUCGAGCAGCUCAUCAUGGAGGUAUUGGUGUUGCUCUACCUGAACAACCAAAAAAUGGUAUACCACAUGGUUGUGGUUUUGAAUAUCCUAUUCAUUCAAUUAUAUUUAUCAUUAGUAUUAUUGGUCUUAUUUAUUCAACAAAAAUUUAUCAACAAAAACUCAUUUAG